AAGAAAUUACGUAGUGGUGAACUAAUUGUGCUUUGCAAUUGACAUGUGAAUGUAAAUUUUGUUUAAAAUUAGUAGAGUGAAUUGCGAUUGCUCGUUCAACCUACAUUUUACUUUUUGUGUAACGUAAAACAUAAUUACUUAGAAAAUCAUUUUUUUUUGUAGGCGCAGCUUGGGCAAUGCGUAGGCGUAGGUUAUGUACUAUUUAAUUCGUUCAAAAAUUAGGGUAGAAAUGCACUUCAUUUGUUCGGAUUUGUAGGAAAGUCACUUUUACCUUCACCACAUCUUUCUUUUGUGAUUUUUUUCAUGCUAGAUGCAAGUUAUGUCCCAUAUGUGCAUGUACUAGUACAUUUUUAUUUUAGCAUUAAUUUGAUAAUGAUUUUGUGUACAAGUUUCACAGAUAUAUUGGACAUAUCAUGCCAUUGUCUCCGCACUUCCCAGAAGUCAAGUCUGGGCAGGAAGAAAAGGGUUGUUGAUUCGUCAGUGAUGGGAGCGCCGCCUCCACCACCGGCAAACUACUACCAACCCCCACCUUACAACCCUUACGACCAAUACAACCAGCCACAAGGGGGCAUGCCACCGAACAUGGGAGCCCCAUACAGCAACCAGCCACCUCCACCGUACCAGCCCGAGUACCCGCCGCAGGGGGGGUUCGCGAUCCCCGGCCAGCUGCUGGCUGAGCCCAUGGUGGCCGACGCGGCCAUGCGGUACGGCCAGGCGCUCGUCGGGUCGGGCAGGCAGCUGGUGGACCGCGAGCUGGAGAAGUACGUGCCCGUCUCCCGGCUCAAGUACUACUUCGCCGUCGACACCCGAUACGUCACCAAGAAGCUGGGCCUGCUCUUCUUCCCCUUCACGCACUCGGACUGGUCGCUGAAGUACGAGCAGGAUGAGCCGGUGCAGCCGCGGUACGAGAUCAACGCCCCGGACCUGUACAUACCGACGAUGGCCUUCGUGACGUACAUCCUGGUCGCCGGCUUGGUGCUGGGCGUGCAGGACAGGUUCAGCCCCGAAGUCCUUAGCAUCCAGGCAAGUUCUGCGUUAGCUUGGACUGUAGUGGAGAUUUUGGCUGAGUUGGUGACCUUGUACAUCACGAACAUACAGACCAAACUGAAGAUGCUUGACUUGUUGGCAUUCGGGGGAUACAAGUUUGUAGGCAUUAUCUUCGCCGUCCUGCUGAGCUUGGUGUUUCAUAAGACUGGAUAUUAUCUGGGACUUGUCUACUUCAGCUUUAGUUUGUCAUUCUUCCUGCUGCGCACGCUGAAGGUCCACGUGUUGCCGGAGGCCAGCGUGGAGCGGCACGACCCCUACUCCGGCGGCUCCUCGGCGGGCGGCAAGCGGCGCUUCUACUUCUUGCUGUUCAUCGCUGCCGUCCAGCCGGUCAUGAUGUGGUGGCUGUCGUACCACCUGACGUUCGCCCCGCACGUCCCCGUGCCUCCUGCCGCCGCGUAGCGACGCGGGCCUCCCCCUCCCCCUGCCCCCGCGAGGCCCAGUCGUGCGUUGCGAGACUCCUGAACAAGUGCUUUAGGAUGUAUCAUCUCCCGGUUUCUGAACAGAAUUGCGGAGAAACAUAAAACCUGAGGUGACAAGCAUACAAAUAUACAUUAUUCCGAGUUACAUGUGUUUCGUGAUUUGUGAAAAUUUAAGAAGUUCUCGCUCUUCAGAGGGUAUUCCGUACGUGUGUCAAGGAUGGAUAGCAUCAAGACCGGUGUGAUUAUUUAUUCUCUGCUGACACCGAACUGAAUUUUUUCUUUUUGUUGCAUCAUCUUGAUGACUCUACAGAAGUUCUUGGCAAAUGUGCUGUACUUCAUGUCAUGUUGUUAAUCAGUUGCAAUUCAUUCUUAACUACAGCCUGAGAAAUACAUGUAAAGUUUUUUCAAAACUGUUGUGUGGCAAAAAUUUUAAUCUUCAUAAUUGAGUAUGAGGAAAAUUAGCACUAUCAUGUCUACAAUUUUUUGGUAUGUUCAGUAUAAAAAUUCCAAUACAUCAUUAUAAAUUGCACACUUGCCCAUGAUUUAUGAUGUUUACUACUGUAGUUUUGUAUAGUAACGAUCUAUUGUUUGUGUUAUUACAAGAUUUGAUUAGAAAGUUUUAAGACUCGGUUUGCAAUUUUAAAAUAGUAUAUUAAAAGUUAAAACCUAUUUAAGACUACACUGCUUAAGACAUUUUCCCACUUAAAAGUCAGACUAAUGUAGCACCAAGCAAUUAACCUUAACAUCCCUUGUAUAAUACAUUUUAAGGUUAAUAUAUUUUCCUGCUUAAAAAGCACUAAAUCAACACAAAAAAUGUUUGUUAUCCAUCAUAAAUAGUGAUAAGUGCUUUUUCUUUAUCAGUGGAAAAUGAGUUUUAUUGCUAGUUAAAUAUUCCAGGAAAUUUUGAUCUUGCAAAUUUCUUUGUAAAGAAUUGCAUUCACAAAUUUUUGUAUCCAUGCAGUCUUUUUUUUAAAUCUUUAAAUAGAUAAUCAGGAACACAGUAUGUUGGUAGAAGAUUAUUACCGUAACGCAUCAGCCUGAUUAAAGCGGCAGCGUGAGGCAGAAUCACAUGAUUAUUUUCUUAAUUGCAGACAAGAUUUUAAAAAUAAUAUCUCUUUUAUACAUAUUUUUAUCUUUAAGAAGAAAAUUGUGGUUAUAAACACUUAAUAGAUAACCAUCAUAAAAUUUAAAAUGUGAUUAAACCGAACAUGCAUGUCGGUGUUUUUGGCAGACGCUGUCAAUCAGGGCGGAAAGAUAACCAGUUAUCUCCGGGUCAGCCACUAUUAUUAAGUAUUGGUGGCACGAGUCUUGAAACUUUCUAGUUACAUCCUGUAAUUAUCCUUACAUUUGAAGAACAUAACUAUAACUCAUUUUUCUGAGUAAUAAAUGUACUUGUUUUUUUUUUCCUUAACUGGGUUUAGGUUGCGCCAUAUUUUUGUAAUAUAUAGUCAUAGAUUGCAAUACAGGUUUUUUUUCUUCUCCCCACACAUGGAUAGCACCUAGCAUUGAGUACUUGUCCGUAUUCUUGAACUUUGGUGAAAUAAUACGUAAAUUGUUUUCUCUCUGCGGUAAAAGGUGGGAGUCUGUUAAUGGAUAUCAAAUUGUAACCAGGUAUAAUAGCUUGGGAAGAUGUGAUUUAUGCCUUCUGAUGCUCAAAUUUCGUUUAAAGAACUAUAAAUAACUGGUAGUAAAAAAAAACCUAACAUAUCAUUCAUUUAUAUGCUUUUAUGGACCAGAAAUAAUAUUUAUUCAGUUGCUUUUAAAAAAUCAUGACGACGUAGGCUUUAAAUAGCUUGCUCAGUAAGUUUAUGUUUCUAGCUAUUAAAUAUUGCUAGAUAAGAAAAAUCUGUAUUAAUUGUAUAGAAACUGCAGGAAGGGGAACACCAGAAUGAAUGAAAUAAAUAUAUAAUUAGCAUCUGCAUUUCUAAACAUGGUUCAUUGUAGAACACUGGGAAAAAAAAUUGGCUCCCAAUAUUUUUAUGGAAUACAUACCUUAACUUUUGUCGUGGGGCGGGGGGAGGGGGGGGGGUGUUUCGAAUGGACGAAAAAGGAGUAAUUUGGGCGCCACCACGUGGAAGGGCACGUGGACCCGGCUACGAACUCUCGGCUCAGGGUCGUGACGUGACCCGUGUGGGGCUAGGCUAAUUUCCCCCCCUCGUGCGUCGUGUUCGUGGGCUCUUGAGGCGUCCCACAUGCCUCGGAACUCAGGGAAUUAUACACGUGACCACUGAACCACACAUUCUGAGCUAGUGAUUUUAUUACCAGCGAUUUUAUUACACGGCACGUUACAAAAAGGUUAAAAGAGUUUUACGUAAAGUACUAAAAAACACUGUUGCGGGUGAUAACCAGUUUGUAGGCUGACCAGGUCACCGCGUGGCCUGGCCUCGAGAGUAAAUCACGUAUUACGCAUAUGAAAUAUCUGUAAACAGAAAACAAAUAUUUAUGCGAAAGAGUCUACCACCUGGAGCAGGCCUCGAAAAAGUUAAAAGGUUUUAGAUUUAUUUAAAGAUGCGACGAAAACUAAUGGAUCAGUGAACAAAAGAGAUGAAGUCGACAAGGUGCGCGGGCCGCUCCUACUCCAGACGGCGAACGGAAACAGACUGACGAGACCAGAGCAUCAUGGCCGCCGGGAAGCGUUAAGUUCCCGUUAUGUUACCAGGUAGCCGCCCGGUAACAUACUUAACCAAACAAAUAUUAUUUAAAAAACAAACAAAAUUUAAGUACACUUAUUUAUAAUUAACAACCUUUAGUUAUGGUGUUAUUUCUUAUUAAAGUUUAAAAACUAUUGGCGGGUAGUUCUGCGGCGCUGCGCCGUCCAUACUUACUAAAACUUGAGGCGUGACAAUUAGGGAUAUUUUAUUACAUAAAAAGGUUUAUACAUUAUGCUUAUUUUAAUAAAAGAAAGGGGUCGUCGCACCGACUCUAACACCGCCUCUUGCCGGGCGCCCAACACACACACACGCACACACGCACGCACGGGGCGGGAGGUUUGAAUAGAGGGUGGUGGUGGGAGGAGAGGGGUGGCAACGGCGUGAGGCACAUCGGGCUUAGGGAGGGCGUAGCCCCGGUCGAUGUCACUUUAUUUGCCAGUGCAUCAAAUAUUACUACCACAAAGCUUUUGGAACUGUAGGAAUUAAUAUAAAUUUAAUGAUGGAGUUUUUCUUCAGUUUUGUGAACUUUUGUUUGUACAAUACUAGACACAUUUAUUAUAAUCAAAGCAGAUUCUUAUACUGUUAAUAUCAAAACAUUAUUACAUUCUUAACAUAAGAUGAACUGCUUUCAACUUUUAUCAUUAAUAAAAUAACUGUUCGAAAAUGCAUUUGAUGAUAAAAAUUUAUAUUUUUAUGCUCAAUCACGGCACUCAUAAAAUAAAUUUUUUUACAAUGAAAAAUUUUGCUUUCAUUAUUUGAGAAAUUAUUUAGUGUAUUGGAUGCUGAUGUCUCUUUAAAUACAAAAAAAAAAAUUCUCAGAAUUUCAGCAUAACAAUAAUUGUAGCAAAUGAUUUUUACGUUCUACACCAUAGUUAAACUGAUUACAAAUUUUGAAGAAUAUGAUUUCCUUUCUUAAAUUAAUGUUAAAACAAACAAUAUUAAUAAUGGUUUUAUUUAAACUAAACCAACCCAAAAACUUAUUUUAUUUUGAUUAUGUUUAAUAAUUUUAUUAAUCACUUCUGAUUAUAUUAUUUAUGGCAUUGCUAGAACAGAGUGGGCAUGAUUAUGGCACUUCACUAACCCAAUGAUACGUAUUGUGAUAUGUCUGUGGUAGCACAUCUAAAACUGUAAUGUCUUAAAGUUUUUGCUCAUAAUUAACAUGAAUUCCUUAUGCUGUAGUAGGGGUGUGAUUGUUCAAUUACCAUGUUUUAUUUGUUUUUCAGCAGUCUUUUCUUUUUUUCAUAAGAAUAAAAAAAAUAUAUGUUUUGUAAAAAAAAUGUAUUUAGUUGCAACUUUUAGUGCAUGCUUGAAAAAAAACCUUAAUUUUUUUAUUGAAAAUUUAUACAGUUCUUUUGUGUAAUUUUUUUCCAUUCCUUGAUGCAUGUUUGAAGGAAAAAACAAAGCUCAUAGCAAUUGUAUGGUUUCAUAAAAAGCUUAAUAAAUAAGAUGAGUUAUUUCUAGGCCUGUACAAAUAUCAGUUUUUUAGUUCGAAAUGAAUACAGAUACUGAACUAUUCUCAAAUAUGAAUAUUGAAUUUGAAUAGUUGGAAUGAGAAUUAGUAUCCAACUUAGUUUUUUUUUAACAUGUAACAAUUAAGGAAAGAAAAAGUACUUGGUAGUGUAGUGGCUACUCAGAAAUAGACAAAUAAUACUAAAGAAAAAGGUUAAUUAGGUUAAGUUAGCUAGAAUAAUUAAACUUUAAGUAUUUGUUAAAAUAAUUAAAUUUUGAAAGGCAAAAUUGUUUUUUUAAACUGCUAACCUAACCUAACCUAAUAAAAUCAAAACCAAACAACCAACCUACAUACCUACCUUUUUAUUUAUGUUCCUGUUGGUCUUAAUUCCCAGAACCUGCUACUCUACAUAUUGGUCCAGAAAAUUUUUGUUUACCUCAAAAUGCAGUGAAAUCCAAUCCAUUUGAUGAAAAAUGUGAAUUUUUUUUUUUUUUUUAAUUGCUGUAUAUCCAGAUUUGUAAUUAAAUGAGCUUGUAUUUACAUAUUUAAACCAUAGGCGUGCGCACGGUAGGUGCCACAGGUGCCUUGGCACCACCAUUAGGGUUAACUUAUUUUGUUUUUUACAAGAAGAAAUAAUACAUUCUUACAAAAAUCCGUAUUAUUUCCAAAAAAAUAUGUUUUCCAAUCGUGUCAAGUUACAGAUAUGUGCUCAUAACACUAUCAGUAUAUCAAUUAUCAAUCGAACCAACUAUACACACGGAAACAAGCCAGUUGCAAUUACUUGUGUUGUAAACGCGGGCCGCGGCUACGAAACCAAAUAUUGUAACGAAACUUCUGAAAUGUAAAUACUUCUCAUAGUUCUCCUCGAAUUACAUAGAAUGCGCGCUCGGCGUCCACUGUUCACUCUACUCGGCAGGCGCACGGAAUAAUAGCCGCCGUCCGCCAGGGUUUAUUUAAAAAAAGAGAGAGAGUUUAGUUAGUUAAAAGGAUAGGCUUACUCGAUGACUUAUAUGCAGUCGCCGACAAAACAUUUUUGUUGUAUUCCAAAAGUUAAAACUUUUGCCCACUCUUAUUUGAGUAUUUUUAUUAUCUUAAUAUUUUACAUAUUUUAGGUAUUUUACAAAAACUCCCUUCAUUUGUUGAUUUUAAAACUUAACAUUUGAGAAUGUUUUUUCUAGCAUUUAUUUGGCGUCUUCAGAAAACAUAUAAGUACGGUUUUUCAAAGCCACCAGCAUGAAUUCCGUGCAAACAAUUUGUGCAAUUUACUUUAUGACUCAACAAAGCUUAAAACUGUAAAUAGUUUAGUAGUUUUCCUGGUGAUUAUAACGUUCAAAGCCAUAAUUUGUCAUAAAAAAUGUUAAAAUUUUUACAUCUGUGUAUUUUAUGUUUUGUUCGGAAACACCUUAAAUAGCAUCAUUUUGCGCUUUCAAAUCCAAAUUUUUCCGGGGCCCCCGCUUUAGACUCGGGUCUGUGAAUGACAGUGCUGUUGUGUAAUCUGGCACCACCAAUACUGAAGUCCUGCGCACGCCUAUGAUUUAAACCCUAGUUAUUCACACAUUUUCCUUGUUAACUGUUGUCAGGUAAACUAUAUUUUAGUUCAGUGAUAUUAUAAACACAAUUUCUGCUAGUUCCAUCUGAAAUCCGAAAUCAUUAUGUUUUUUAUUUUGUUCUUGAGUUUCAGCGUCUUAAUUAUUCAUGGAUACAUACAGAAAGCUGCUACUGUGUCGCAUGGUGUUAGAUCGUGACUAUUGAUUUGUAUGCCAUUGAAAUUAUGGCGUUUCCUUUUUUUGAUAGCCAUUGCAAUGGAAUGUCCAUGUUUGUUGAUUUUUUUUUUCUCUCUCUACUGGUAUGUGAGACCAAAUUAAUACAAAUUAUAGUUGGUUUUUGAGUUUGAAAUGUCACAAAUAUGCAGUGUUUUAUAUCGUUCACACAAUUUUUUGUUUCUGUUAGCAAGACAGUAGUGAAAAUACAUUGAAUACUUUUCGUGUAUUUAAAAAGUGAUUUAUUGUUCAUGUUUUUGAUUAUGAAAGACCUUUAAAACCUCAAAAAUGGGUAAUCACAAGUAUGCUAUGUCAAAUAUUCAUUAUUUUAAAGUGUUAGUUUAUGAGGUUGAAUUGAAUGCAAGUAAUAAACUAUUCAUAUUAGACAGUUUGAAUAUUUGCACAGGCCUAGUUAUUUUUGUGUAUUCAAUGCCAGUAAAUAAUUUUAUUUUUUUAAUUUUGGAAAUUAUAAGUAUGAUAUGCGAUAUUCUGAUUUAUCCUUUGGUAGUCUUUUUAUUAACCUUUAGUACAUGUUAUAUAUGAAUAGGGACUGCAAAAUUAGCAUCAAUAUUUUUUCCAAAACUAGCAUGUGUAAUUUUAUAAACUAAGCCAAAUAAAUUAGCUUUAUUUAUGCAACUUUUAAAAUGCUUAAUGCAAAUUAACAUUCUAGAAUUUAAAAAAGAUAUGUUGUAAGUCCUCACUUGAUAGAUACUUGUUUGACAGACAUUCGUUAUAACGGAUAUUAUAGUUUGUUGCCUUUAAUUUGGUCAACAGCUGCUAAACUUGUUACUACGCGCAUUUUUGCUUCCUAGCUUAUGAAUGGGCAGGGUUGGUACUUCUUGAAUAGUCUGUAUAUACACUCGAAUCCAAGUGCUUCACUUGCAUGCACAAUUGUUUUAAAAGAGGAUCUGUUCAUGUUAUGUUUUAAAACGUGUUCUGUAUUUCAAUACUGCAAAAUAAUUACGUGAACUUUUUAUGUGUGCAAUCAUCAGCUAGGGAUAAAGUUAGUCAACUUACACUUUGCAAUAAAAUGUCAGAUUACUUAUAUAUUCUGUAAAAUCUUUGAAAAGUUAUUACUUACAUGCAGGACAACCCAACGAGGGGCUAAUACAAAAUUUGCAUUCAUCCUGAGAAUAAAUAUCAGCCUCAAAUUUACACACGGUUUACGGGGUUAAAUUGUACUCAGCGUUACUCAGGGAUAGGGUGGACGAAGCUCUGGUAUUACAGUGCUCCUGGUGUUGUUCUUUGCCGAAACAGGAUAGACACCAACUCGCUGUGUAGAAAAAUCUACAACUAUGACUGUAGAAUAUAUGAUGAUUGGAACGAUGCUCUCCUCCAUCAAGUUAUAAAGGGUUGGUCGCACCCAUGGCGAUAUAUAUAAAAACUGCUCUGCUUAGACUGGAGUCUUGAAACACACGAAGGCAGACAUAGACCGAUGUGGAUAUGCUGUGGAAGCGACUGCGACUAAGUCUGUGUGAAGAAAACAGACCUCCCCAACUUGUGCUAGCAAAGCUACAUAAACUCGCGGUCGCCGCGCAGCUUCACGUCCUCAGUGUGGUAUCCCUGGAUCAGCGGGACCGGCCCUCACACUGGGGACGUCUUGAAUGUGCAUAACCCAAGCUCAGAACUUUCCAUUCUCUCCUUCUCCCUUACUUUGAUCUGAUAACGAACAACUAUGCUAGGAGGAACGAUGGAAGAACCUCCACUUAAGAUUUUGGUGAGCGGAUGAAAUUCUGCAACACUGUUAUAAUGUGCACCGAGGGAAAAUAUAGCAGGAAACGGAAUAUCAAAUCGUUAGUAGAAUAUACAGCAAAUACAAAAUAAAUACCAUAUUAACUGCUAUGAAUUAACCUUGUUUCGUCCCACUUGCGCAAUCUCAAUACUUAAAACACAUGAAAAAGAUAGUUUAACAUAUUUACAGAUAAAGUACACACAUGGUGCUGAAACAAUAAUUAAGUCAAACAUGCAUGUCCUAAUGUUUACAAUGUGCGUAUGUUUUCUUCCGUGCCUGUAAAAUCAGAGGGUAAGAGGCAGUGCUAAUAUUAACGAUGCACGUGACAGAAAAUUUCAGGUAACUCACCCCUUCCACCAGUCCGUGAGUCCUGUAAUGACUAGGGAAUUUGCGCAGGACAUUCACAGACUUGCCAGACGGUGAUCUGCACAAGCCAUUCUAUUUCAGUUUUAUUUAAAGCCAGCCAUUAGUCCUUUGUACAGGCUGUGUGUGUUGGUGGUGUUUUAACCCGACAGUUCUUUACAGUUUCUUACAGUUUGUAGCAUUCAGUGAAAUCUUAUUAUAUGUGUGUGUAAUUCUACGUAGGUUGUCAGAUAUUGGCUUAAAUUAUACAUUUUGUAAUAAUGGCUUACUUGUGCUAGUUAUGUGGGUAAAUAAUUUUUUUUUUACUUGAACUUAAUCUGUAAUUAAAAUUAACAUGCCUUUACUUCAACAUAUUUCAAAUGGUUAAUGACAAUUGAUUUUUUUCAAAUAUUUCUUUUGAGUUUUAUUACAUUUCUCAUGUUUUGUAUAAAACAUUAUGCCAAGAGAGACACAUAAGCUAACUUUAAAAAAAUUAACAUUUUAUAAUGGUAAGAAAAAAAAUUGAUUACACCCUAGCAUAUUGUUACGAUUUACCUGCGGGGGUUCGUAAAGGAUAGCCCAAUUAAAGAUUUUUAUCACACACACAGCUUUAUUUAUUACCACUACUUGUCACUUACAAAUAAUCUUCUAAAAUGGCAGAUAAUUAACUACACUUAAAGAAAUGUAAAUUCCCCAGUCACUCGUUUCACACACCUCGCUGGGCCGCACUUCCGGCGCAACUCUCGCCGCAGCACCCCUCAUGGGUCUCCGCCGCGGGACUCCGUCGCCACACUCCGCCGCCGCCGUCACACCCUUCGCCGAGAUCCCACACGACGACUCGCUCGCAACUUCACUCGGGACUCCGCCGCGCCCGCGACUCUAUCGCCCGGAAACUCCCGACUCCGCUGAACUCUCUCACUCCCUGCCCUGGAACCUUCGUCCAAGGACUUCGCCACUCUGCCGCACCCGCGGCACUAUCGCCCGGAAACUCCGCCGCGGGAGAACUCCCCACUCAGACUCUCUGCCCUGGAACCUUCGUCCAAGGACUUCGCCACUCUGC